UGGGGAGCCGACGCGGAGGGGUUGUCGCCGGAGCCGGGAUGGACGUGCCGUGGCUGCUGGUGGCGCACGGGUCGCUGACGGCGCUGGUGGUGGUGUCGUUCCUCUGCGGGCAGUGGCCGAUCUUCGAGGGCACCUUCGUCCAGAGCAUCAACCACUUCCUCACCUCCGGCGCCUACCGCCACUUCCUGCGGCUCGUGCAGGCGUCGUGCGGUAAUGGAGCCAGGGAUCUCGUGCUCGGCGUCGAGCAGUACUGCUGCGACCGCCCUAACCCGAUCCUGCAGCUUUUUUAUGUUGCCAUAAUUGGGGGAUCGUAUAUUAUAAUAGUGCAGACAUCUUUCAAGUAUAUUCCUGGGUAUUAUGUGAGUGUAUGGCACAGGUACCUGAGUAUUGUGGUUGUUUCUAUUGGUGCUAUACUCUUUGCCCUCACUAGCUUUUCUGAUCCUGGGACUGUUACGUCUGAGAAUGUUUCUCAAUAUGUAUCUGCCUAUCCUUUUGACAACAUUAUUUUUGUAGAGAAAGAAUGUUCAACAUGCAAAAUUAUCAGACCAGCCAGGGCAAAGCACUGUAGAAUAUGCGACAGAUGUGUGGCUCGAUUUGAUCACCAUUGUGGAUGGAUGAAUAAUUGCAUUGGGGAGAAGAAUACUCGUUAUUUUGUGGCCUUUUUAGUUUGGCACUUUCUUUUAUGUAUGUACGGAGCAGUUAUCCUUGCCUUCAUUAUUGCUGGUGAAUUAAAAGUCAAGAAAGUUAUCUACAUACUGACAGUUUAUUACGGUGUUGAUAAUUCAUUCUCUGGCCUAUUUCCCCAUGUCGCACAGUGGUUGCUUGCUGUGCAUAACACACAGAUACUUUUGGCUGUAUUUUUGGGCAUAAUAGCUUUGCUUCUUGGAGGGUUUUGUGCUUACCAUGUACACCUGUGCUUAUCAAAUACAACAACAAAUGAGUCAUUCAAAUGGCAAGACUACAUCUUCUGGAUGAAGAAGGAGAACGCAGCGAGAGCUAGCGCAGCCGUCCUGAAGGCGAGCAUCAGCGGAGCUAGCAGCGAAGCGCAGGAACCGGCACCAAGCAAAUGGAAGACGUUCUUCUCAAGGUCCCAAACACCGGCCGAGGAGCCAGUCGUGAAGAACAACAUAUAUGACGUGGGAUGGAUGAGGAACCUGUGGGAGGUGAUUGUCCCUUUAUCAGAGCGGAGGUCGUUCUCGCGUAGGAAGUCUGAUUGAAUUGACAUGCUGUCGCGACUGUUGUAUGACUGUGAUGUUGUAUAUCCAUGCCGUUGUAGACUUUUGGAAACAUUUUCCCAUCAUAGUGUACUAGAGAAUGACAUGUUGUUAGGAUACUGUAGAUCAGAUUCUCUGAAGUCGUUCUUUGAUUGUACCCUUCCUGAAACAAUAGUUUUGACUUUCAGAUACCUUAUCCGGGCACCAUAUAUCUUGGUCUCGCCUUGCCUGGGUUGUUUUCCUUUCAACAUAUAUGUUUUUCACGGGAAUCGAGAAUUUAA